UAAAAUAGAUAGGAACAAAAAAAUCAACUGACACUUCUGCAUUCUGUCAUCUUGUGACGUUUCAUGUUAUUUGCGGCUUCAGUGAUUGGUUUUUGAGGCCAAUUAGGAGGACUGCCACACCUGAUUACAAUUAAUGAAAUCGUGUGUCGUCAAUCUAUUUAAAUUUGUCAACCAAACAACCGGAGUUGGCUUAGCAAAAAUGGCUACAUAUUUAGAUGAGUCAAUCGAUAACUAUUUAUACUCUGACAGGUAUCAAAAAACAAAAUGUGCGGGCUGGAGAAACAAAAGUUAUUUUGCCAACACAGAGGCGUACAUUGAUAACCACCAUCGCGCGCAAUUUAAAUUCCUUUUAUCCCAAAUAAACCCCAAUCUUAAUCCAAGGCUACGGAAAGCAAACACCAAAGACGUCGCGGUGCAGGACAAUCCGAAGAAGGAUGUUUCUGUGCAGUGUUCCCUCGGCCCACGGACCCUCAUAGCCAGAAAGCGAGACACGCGCAAGAGAAGACAAGAGACCCAGACACCGGGUAGUCCAGGGAGUUCUGUUGGAGGGGUGCGUUACCCUCGCACUCGGGCAGUCUACUCCCCUAUCGCGUCUAGGAGACUUGCAUCCUUUCUAGAAUAUGCCAAAAUUGAGUCGAGACAAGCACAGACCGGUGACCCACCUGAAACCGUUAAGAUUAGGAAAAAGGAUGAAGGUGAGAAGUCUGAGGACAAAACAGAAAAGGCAAAAGACGAAAAUACUUGGCCACAUACAAAAGCUAGUAAUACUGACCAAUCAGUUAUGACCGAGGGCGUCAAAGUCAAUCAGGAUGGUUCGAAAGUCAAGGCCCGCGUGAGGUUUCAGUUUUUGGAGCAGAAGUAUGGGUACUAUCACUGCAGAGACUGUAACCUGCGUUGGGAGAGUGCAUAUGUUUGGUGCGUCCAUGGAACGAGCAAGGUCUACUUCAAGCAGUUCUGUAGAACAUGCCAAAAGUCCUUCAACCCCUACCGUGUUGAGGACAUAACCUGUCAGACUUGCAACAAGGCACGCUGCAUGUGCCAAGUGACCCCGUGCCACGUUGACCCCAAACGCCCUCACAGACAGGAUCUGUGUGGCAGGUGCAAGGGCAAGAGACUCUCCUGUGACCUCACCUUCAGUUUCAAAUACAUCAUCUAGCAGGAACCUGCACAUUAACCUUCACCCUCCCCCACCCACCCACAUUACAGGUCCUGCAGGAAGUCCUUUGGCGCAGAGAAGCUCUCAUGCACAUGUAAUGAGGCUCUGGGAUGUGGACUAAUACUUUUCAGAUUUUUAUUUUGUUGCCUUUAUUUGCGUUAUGAAUGAGAUUGCAGGAAAACAUUACUUGAUGUUAAAUAAAAUGCCAAUACCCAGCA